GAGACGUCAUUUACUUUCGUUGUGGCACAAGAAUUUAAGAUUUCCAAAAUGAAAAGUCCAGUCAUUCUUUUGUGUAUUUUAGUAGUUUCUAUAAACUUAGUAUCAUCAAGAGUAGUAGAACUGGAUGAAAACAAUUGGGAGGAAUUAUUAGAAGGCGAAUGGAUGGUUGAAUUUUUUGCCCCAUGGUGUCCAGCUUGCAAGAAUCUCGAAGAUAUUUGGAACGACUUCGGUUCAUGGAGUGAUGACUUAUCAAUUAAUGUUGCAAAAGUUGAUGUUGUUGAUAAUCCUGGUUUGUCUGGUCGUUUCUUUGUCACCGCCUUGCCUACAAUCUUUCAUGUCACUGAAGGGAAAUUCCGUCGUUACACCGGCUCGCGUGACAUGAACUCAUUCAUGACUUUUGUUGAGGAAAAGAAAUGGAAAACACUUGAACCUAUCGAGAGCUGGAAGCGACCUGAUUCCAUUCCAAUGAGCAUUCUCUCAUGGUUCUUCAAACUAUCACAUUUCCUGAAAGAAUUGAAUGCCAUGUUGUCGAAGGAAUAUGGAUUACCAACAUGGGUUUGCUAUGGAAUUUUUGCUUUCAUUACAAUCAUCCUUGGAGCUGUUGUUGGUCUUAUACUUGUCUGCAUUAUUGAUUUCAUUUGGCCGCAAAAACCAAUGAACCGUCAAAGCUUCUCAGAAACUCAAGAGAAGGAGAAACUCAUAAGAAGAUCUAAUGAAGCUAUAAAUGAAGAUAUCGUUGAUGACACUGGACCUGAUGACGAUACUUCAGAUGCCGAAAAAUACUCUGGAAGCGAUGAUGAAGAAGAGGAGGAAGAGGUCAAUGAACCAUCACCAAAGGGUAGUCCCGAUGUUCGUAAACGCCGCACAACAAGAAAAGCUGAUUAAACUUGAAAGUAAACAAGUUCAUCAUGUGGUAGCCGAUCAAUGUUUCAAUUUAUUCAUCGGUUAAGCAGAAGCAACAAAGAUCUUUUUUCCAGAAGCUUCUCUUCAUGAAGCUCAUCUUUUCGAGCCUUUCUCUAUUUUUUUAAAGAUAUUUUUGCGCAACACAAAUAUUCCUUUGUUCUUGUACGUUAAAUAAGUUUAAAACUGAAGCUCUGUUGAACAAUUUCUUUACAACUAAUAAAUUACUUAUAAUAAUUAAAUAUUAUAUUGAAAAUGCUUUUAAAAAAUGGAAUGACGAGUAGCGUUGGCUUAUGAAGUUGCUUAACAGCGACACUUUUGGUUAGUAAUUUAAAGACAUUUUUAUGAAUACCUAUUUAAACAUUUUUUGAAUUUAGAAAUUAAGAAGAUUCAAAAUAAAUUUGUUGAAUAAAACUUUUCUCUUUUUGUUUUCCAAUUUAAAAAGAUUGUUUAAUGAGAGCAAUAUCAACUUCUUAUAAACAAAAUCCUUCAACUUCAUCCAAUCAUAAUUGUGUUA